CUCGUGCCAGCUGUGCUGUACAUUUGGCAUUGUGUGGCGGAGGCAGGCUUUUGAGGGAGAACAUUCUUACACUCUGGUUUGAGUCCUAUGUUAUCUUCACAGUCAAACGACUGCCUUUUCAAUCAGUUCAAUCGUUACCCGAUUUGGGUGAAAAGAAUGAGGAUGAUGACUAAAGAAGAGGAUGUAAAAACUUGAACCCAUUUCAUUUUAUCGAUUUGACUACUCUGGAGAGGGACCGCAUAUCGCGCGCUGCUGACUGUUGAUCUGUUUUGCAUAUCUUCCAGCGGGCUUGUAUGGCUCUGGAUGCAAUUAAAACUUGGACAUCUGGGGAAUGUUACAGUAGGUCGGUGGUUGCGUGAGAGACAGACAAGGGAGUUUUCCCCAAAAGUGCCACCUAGGCAUCGGACAUAACAUGGGAGAGGCAUCCCGGUAUGCUGUCUUGUAUUGCAUGCCAAAUAAGGACGUAUGUUCUAAAUGACAAGUGCGUUGCAUGUGGAUACGACCACGUAAGAUUGCCAGAUGUAGCCUACCUACAUGGAGCAGCAGACUUUUACCUGGUCGCCGUCAACAGAAGUUGGUCAUCGGUAGGCGGCGCACAUGCUUACCUUGCUGCGCUUCCUCCCUCUCUGUAAAACAAAACUAAUACCGGAGGGGGCAGGGUCAUUACUUGUGUGUUUGGGAUCUAUUUGCUGAAUCACACAAACUCUUCCGCAUCGACAAAACUCUGGCCACAGCGACUCCAAUCGCCGUGGAUUUUGUGCCGUUCAGUUGGACUCUGCAGUGGAUCACAGCGGGGAGAGGGAUAUGGACAGCUUUCAGCUCGGCAGGACAGCGCAGAGAGACAGAAAAUAACAGCCAGAUGUUCGUUUUCUCUGGUCUCGUCACCCUUGAAGGAAUCAAGUUGAAGUGGGCAAGAAUUGCCCAUUAUUAUUAUCCGAUCUCUGUCCAGAUAAGAGGUUGGAUGUAUGACUUUUAAGAAGUGACUUGUGACUUCUUUGUAACUUCCAUUGAACAGGAAGAUGCGACUAAACAGACAGUUCACUGUCUUUGGCAGUGCCAUAUUCUUUGUGGUGAUAAUUUCACUAUACUUGAUGUUGGAUCAUCUACAAUUGGAUAACACCAAAAAUCCAAGCAAUGGAAUGGACCGGUUUCAAAAUGGGCACCUGUCUGUCCUGCAGGACAAAAUCGACCGUCUGGAGAAGCUCCUGGCGGAGAACAACAAGAUCAUCGUGGUCCUCAGGGACUCCUUGAUCAACCUGGGCGCCGUUAAGGACGGCCAGAGGGCAGUGGAGGCUGCGGGAGGCAACUCCAGUCAGGGGGGGGCGCCGGGGCCGGGGGCUGCACAACUACUGCCCUCACCCCCCCUGAUCCUCCCAGUGGACCCUGAGGACUGCCACUUCUCUACCAAGCCUUACUCAAAAGCAGCCGACGGAGUGCAGAUGCUGGAUGUGUAUGACCUCCUGAAGUUUGACAACCCCGAUGGGGGAGUCUGGAAGCAGGGCUUCGAUAUCAAGUAUGACGAGCAUGACUGGGACAAUGAACCACUGCAGGUGUUUGUGGUGCCCCACUCUCACAAUGACCCUGGCUGGCUGAAGACGUUUGACGACUACUUCCGGGACCAGACGCAGCACAUCCUGAACAACAUGGUGGUGAAGCUGCAUGAGGACGUGCGUCGCAAGAUCAUCUGGUCCGAGGUGUCUUACUUCUCCAAGUGGUGGGACAACAUCGACAACCAGAAGAGGGACGCUGUCAAGAAGCUAGUGGAGCGAGGUCAGUUGGAGCUGGCUACAGGCGGCUGGGUGAUGCCUGACGAGGCCAACUCUCACUACUUCGCCCUCAUCGAUCAGCUGAUGGAGGGACACCAGUGGCUGGAGCGGCAUUUGGGUGUGAAGCCGAAGACGGGCUGGGCGGUGGACCCGUUUGGCCACUCCCCUACGCAGGCCUACCUGCUGAAGGCCGCCGGCUUCUCCAACAUGCUGAUCCAGAGGGUGCACUACUCCGUCAAGAAGCACUUCGCAUCACACAAGACACUCGAGUUCCUCUGGAGGCAGAACUGGGAUCACAAUGCCCGCACAGACAUCCUGUGCCACAUGAUGCCCUUCUACAGCUACGACGUGCCCCACACCUGCGGCCCCGACCCCAAGGUCUGCUGCCAGUUCGACUUCAAGCGUCUGCCCGGCGGCCGCGUCAGCUGCCCCUGGAGGGUGCCCCCCCAGGCCAUCACCGACGCCAACGUACAGGACAGGGCCCGGAUGUUGCUGGAUCAGUACCGUAAGAAGUCCAAGCUGUUCCGGAGCAAAGUGGUUCUGGUCCCGCUGGGCGAUGACUUCCGCUACACUGACGCUCUGGAAUGGGACCAGCAGUACCAGAACUACCAGAAGCUCUUUGACUACAUGAACUCCCACGCGGAACUGCAUGUUAAGGCCCAGUUCGGUACCAUCUCUGACUACUUCACAGCUCUGCGUAAGGAGACGGAUGACGGCGCGGGCUCUUUGGCGCUCCCGGUGGUCAGUGGCGACUUCUUCACGUACGCCGAUCGUGACGACCACUACUGGAGCGGGUACUACACCUCGCGACCCUUCUACAAGCGCCUGGACCGCACACUCGAGUCCCAUCUCAGGGCUGCAGAGGUGCUGUUCUCCCUGGCCCUGGCGAGUGUUCGGAGGGGGGGUGCCGCUGCCCUGAGCUCCUUCCCCGCGCAGGAGAGCUACAAGUUGCUCACGGCCGCACGCCGCAACCUGGCUCUCUUCCAACACCAUGACGCCAUCACCGGCACCGCCAAGGACUGGGUAGUGGUCGACUACGGCACCAGGCUCUUCCACUCCAUCCUGAACCUGAAGCGGGUGAUGGUUAGCUCCGCCCACUGGCUGGCCCUGAAGGAUAAGCAGGCCUAUCACCACGACCCCUCAGGCCCCUUCCUGCAGAUGGACGAUGUCCAGUCAGCUCAGGACGCUCUGCCACGCAAGACAGUGCUGAAGAUCGGCACCGAGCCACGCUCCCUGGUCAUCUACAACCCGUCUGAGCAGGCGCGCUCCUCGGUGGUCACGGUGUUCGUGAACUCGCGGCAUGUGUGUGUGCUGGACGCAUCUGGCCAGCCAAUCAGAGCCCAGCUCAGCAUAGUAUGGGAGGGCACCAGCAAAGCAUCCACAGAGGCCUACCAGUUAUCUUUCGUAGCUCAGGUGCCGGCGCUGGCUCUCGCCAUCUACCAGCUGACUGAGGGGGCGGGACUUAGCACAGAACCCGCCCAAUACAUGAUCCUGCAGCCGGGCAAGGAGCUGUCAAUCACAGGGGCGGAACUCUUCCAGGUGGACACGCCCCAGAACCUGGUGGAGCCAAUCAAAUUGGAGAACCAACAUCUGCAGCUCAGCUUCUCUCCACACACCGGCCUGUUGGAGAGAAUGAGUGUGAAGGAGGAGGGGGCGGAGUCUCGGCAGGUGAAGGUGGAGUUCCUUUGGUACGGCACCACCAGCAAGAAGGACAAGAGUGGAGCAUACCUGUUCUUACCUGACGGAGAGGCCAAGCCCUAUUCUCCGUCUGGUCCUCCAGUGAUCCGGGUCACCAGGGGCGCUGUAUUCUCAGAGGUCACCACCAUCAUGCAACACAUCACACACACCGUACGCCUCUACCACAUCCAAGGUGUGGAGGGUCAGGCCGCUGAGGUGUGUAACUCUGUGGAUAUAAGGGGAGAGUUCAACCAUGAAAUUGCAAUGAGGAUAACAUCAGACCUAAACAGCAGAGAUCGAUUCUUCACCGACCUCAAUGGCUUCCAGGUACCUGUUCAUAUUUACUUAUGCAUAGUGUCGUUGGACAAGUUGUUUGGAGACCUGAGGGUGAAGAGGCUGACUGCGUCGUCCUUGACCCUGAUGCACAGCGCCGAGGCUGGGCAGGAUUCCCACGACAUCAGCCUCCAACCUAUGGAGAUCAGCACACACCGCCUAGAGCUCAGCUGA